GGGUUUAGCUAUUCGAAGCGGAGGGCGGGAGAGCGAGACGAGGAAGGAGGCUUUAUGGCUUCAGGAGCAGCGGCGUAUCCGGAUUCUACGAAUUUGAAGUUAACAGAGCUGUUAAAGGAGGUGCAGAUAGACUAUUCCGCAGAAAAUACUGCAAUUAUCAAUGACGUCGUCACAUCGAUCAGAGAAGCCAUAAACAAUGUUCCAGACGGUCUCCAGGUUACCGCUGAUGUUGCGCGUGGGUUUGUUCGAGACCUUGGCGCUGAUAAAGUUGAUUUCAAGUUCAGGAAGCCGAAGUCUGUUGAAAUUGGGGGAAGUUAUUCAUUUCAAUGCGUUGCGAGGCCGGAUGUUAACGUGGACCUCUUUCUAAGGCUGCCUAAGGAGUGCUUUCACGAAAAAGACUAUCUAAAUUACCGCUACCAUGCAAAGAGAUUUCUUUAUCUAUGCACAAUCAAAAACCAUUUGAAACAAUGUUCUUUAGUUCAAGAUGUAAAAUGGUCACUUUUUCAUAAUGAGGCACGGAAGCCUGUACUGGUUGUCCAUCCAGCUGUACGGUUAUCUGAUAAUACUGCAUUUUCCCUAAAAAUAAUUCCAACAGCACCUAACAAUCUCUUCAACAUUUCAAAAUUGAACUUCGAAAGGAACAAUAUUCGGUCACUUAAUGAAGAAUUGGGUCUUUUAUCGGCAUCGCCAAAGUACAACAGUAGUAUUUUGGAGGAUAUGUUUAUUGAGGACAAUGCAGAUUUUAUUAAGAGAACUCUUACUGGGUGUAGAUGCCUGGGAGAUGCUCUGUUACUUUUAAAAGUUUGGGCUAGAAAGAACUUUCUAUUUGUUCAUGACUGCUUAAGUGGAUUCUUGAUCACUGUCAUUGUCGCGUACCUGGUUUCGAAGUCUGGUAAAAAUAGAAUCAAUACUUCAAUGAAUACAAUCCAGAUUCUGCGCAUCACACUAGACUUCAUUGCCCAUUCCAAAGUAUGGGAUAGCGGACUCUUCUUUCAACGUGAGGGUGAAGGAAACACCGAUCAUAAGGAUAGAAAGACAAAACUGCAAUCAUUUCCAAUAAUUAUUGGUGAUUCAUCUGCACACUACAACAUGUCUUUUCGUAUGUCCAAUAGUGGUUUUCAAGAGCUCCGGAGCGAUGCUAGCUUGGCGCUUGCUUGCAUGGAUAAAUGUAAAGAUGGGGGUUUUGAUGAGAUCUUUAUGACCAAAGUUGAUUAUCCUGCCAAAUAUGACUAUUGUGUAAGAUUGAACCUGAAGGACAACCGUGAUUUUCAUGCAUCUGGGUUUUUCUUGGAUGAUGAAUGCUGGAGGACUUUUGAACGGAAGGUUGAAUCUAUCAUCACUCAAGCAUUGAGUGGGAGAACUCAGCUCAUUCGAGUAAUCUGGGGCAACUCGUCCACUGAAUAUAAUGUUGAGAAUGGUUUAUCUGUCCUCGAUGUGGAAUCCUUGUUUGUUGGAAUCACAAUUGGAUCUGUGGAGGAAGCUUUCAAACAGGCGAUAGUUGGUCCUAGUCCAGAAGACAAAGAGAAGGCGGCAGAGUUUAGAAAGUUUUGGGGGGAUAAAGCUUCCCUACGAUGGUUCAGAGAUGGUAAAAUUGCUGAAGUUGCUGUGUGGGAGCAUGACGAAUGGGAAAAACACCUUAUUCUAAAGGAAAUAAUUGAGCAUGUUUUAAUGCGUCACCUAUCCCUUUCAAAAGAAAAUAUUAUAACCAUUGUAGAUCAACUGGAUUUUGCAAUUUGCCAUGGCUAUAAAGAUCCCAUAUCAUUUUCUAAGAAGUUGUUAAAGGCAUAUGAUGACUUGUCAAAGCAUUUACGGCUUCUUGAUGACAUCCCUCUAAAGAUAUCCAGUGUUCAGCCUCUGGGUUCAGCUUUUAGGUUAACUUCUGUCUAUCCUCCUGCACCACAUCCCUUAGCACAUGAAGAAGGUUGUCGUAUAAAGCUGGAGAAACCUACUGCAACCUGUAUACAACCCCUAGAAAUUAUGAUUCAGCUGGAAGGUUCUGGAAACUGGCCAAUGAAUGAGGUUGCAUUGGAGAAGACCAAGUCUGCAUUUCUUCUUAAGAUUGCAGAGAGCCUUAAUGACAAUCAUGGUAUUUCAAGCACCGCCGCAGAAGAUGAUGUGGAUAUUUUCAUGUCUGGCUAUGCAUUUCGUCUUAAGAUUUUGCAUGAGAGAGCAUUAAGUUUGGUGAAAAGUCCAGGUGGUGCACGAGUGAAGCGCAUAUUAUCAUCUGACAAGAAGCUUUUUAUUCAUGGCCAACACGCUGGCAUGAUUAAUGGUCUACGGGGCCGUUAUCCAAUAUAUGGACCUGUUGUUCGGCUCGCAAAACGUUGGGUAUCUGCCCAUCUAUUUUCAAACACAUUAUCAGAGGAGGCCGUUGAGUUAUUGGUUGCUCACUUAUUCUUGAAGCCUUUGCCAUUCAGGCCCCCAUGCUCCCGGACAGCUGGAUUGCUAAGAUUCUUAAGAUUGUUGUCAGACUACGACUGGAGUUUAUGUCCUUUAAUUGUUGAUAUCAACGGCGAAAUGACCCCUGAGGAUGAAAAAGAUAUCACCGAGAACUUCAUGGAAAAUAGAAAAGAGUAUGAAGGGAAUUUGCAGAACGUUAAACCUGCUAUGUUCUUGGCAACUACUUACGACAAGGAAUCUGAAGGUUGGACUAGAGAAUCCCCAACGGCAACUGAUCUUAAGAGAUUGGCAGCAUAUGCAACCAGCAGUGCAAAUUUUUUGAAUAACCUCAUUAUGAAGAAUCAGACUGAUUCAUAUGGAUGGGAAUGCCUUUUCCGCACGCCUCUGAACAACUACAACGCCGUCGUUCUUGUUCACAGGGAUAAACUCCCUUAUCCUCACCAUCUUUUGUUCCCAUCUGAAAUUAAUCGAGGUAAACGAGUGAUACAUGGGAGAGCUAGCAAAAGCUUCAACCCCUUUUUGUUACCCAAAGGGUUACAAGGGAGCUUGGGGGAGUUGAGGAAUAAAUUGAUGGUGAACUUCGAUCCACUAAAAUAUCUUGUAGAUGAUAUCGAGGCAAAGUUCCCCGACAUGUUCAAGGUCUGGUUUGAUUCUGCCGGGGGCGAUGCCAUUGGUCUCACAUGUGCUAAUCAAAACUCCAAGAAACGAGGUAGAGAAGAUACUGGCGAGGACAUCGAUUUACUUGAUGCCCUGAAAGCUGUUGGCCUACUUGGCAAAGGAUUCGUCAGAAGCGUACAUUUACUCAAGGCUCCAAAACUAAGCUGACAGGUUUCAAUCCUUGCAUCGAGCAAAACUUGGCGAACCGCCACCGUGAGUCCCCGCCGGGCAAUAAAUCUGCAACCAGGAGGGGAAGGUUCAUACAAGAAAUCUAAUUGCAAAUGUAACCAGGCCCAAGUAAAUUAUGGAGAGUGAAAGAUGAAAGGGUGAGGAUCAAAUAGUUUUUCUGAUUAUGCAAAAUUAUUUUUGGUGUAUUUUGUUGGUCUUUGGGAACACAUACAGGUUGGAAGUGUUUUGAAUUUAUUUGAAAAUGGUAAAGAAAGAGAUAAGUU